AUCUCCGUCUUUCUCGUGUCUGUUCCGAAAAUCCAAAGGAAGCUUCGAAACCAUUGAAGGAGCAGCAGAGGAGAAACAAUGAAUUCAGCUCUGAUGCUACGUCGUUUCAUUUGCUUUAAAGCUUCUGCAACUCUCUCUUCUGUAGCUCCAUCUCCGAAAAAGAAGCCUCUCAUCUUCUUAGGCUCUCCUCAGGUUUCCGUGACUGUGCUUGAAGCACUCUUCGAUGCAUCUUUGAAACCAAACUCUUCCUUCGAGGUUGCAGGAAUUGUCACACAGCCUCCGGCGAGGAGAGAUAGGGGGAAAAAAGUGUUGCCUUCUCCGGUAGCGCAAUAUGCUCUCGACAAAGGCUUACCUUCUGAUCUCAUCUUCUCCCCUGAAAAAGCAGGAGAUGAAGCAUUCUUAUGCACUUUAAGAGAUUUGCAACCUGAGCUUUGUGUUACAGCAGCUUAUGGGAAUAUUUUGCCUACCAAGUUCCUUAAUAUUCCAGUACAUGGGACGGUGAACAUACAUCCAAGUUUGUUGCCUCGGUACCGUGGUGCUGCUCCUGUUCAAAGAGCAUUACAGGAUGGUGUCCCAGAAACAGGAGUAUCGUUAGCAUUUACGGUGCGGAAGCUAGAUGCAGGGCCAGUGAUUGCUUCCAAGAGGUUCCAAGUGGAUGAUCAGAUAAAGGCACCAGAACUACUCUCCUUCUUAUUUUCUGAAGGGUCAAAACUUCUUAUCAGUGAACUUCCCUCGAUAUUUGAUGGGUCAGCAAAUUCAAAAGCAGUUCCCCAAGAUGAUUCUAAAGCUACUUUAGCUCCAAAGAUGGCUCCAGAUGAGGCUUGGCUCUCUUUUGACCAGGAAGCUUUUGUUCUACAUAACAAGGUUCGUGCAUUCGCAGGAUGGCCGGGAACACGAGCAAAAGUUGUAGUCCUCGAUGACAAAACCGGCCAGCAAAACGUGCUAGAGCUUAAAAUCAUCACUACUCGAAUUUGCCAAAAUACAGAAAUCCUUAAUGGUGAACAAGAUUAUGUAACUUUCGAGAAAGGCUCGUUGCUGUUUCCCUGUGGAAGUGGUACAGCUUUGGAGGUACUGGAAGUCCAACUUCCUGGUAAGAAAGCGAUCAAUGCGGGUGCGUUUUGGAACGGCUUGAGAGGUCAAAAGCUGAAGAAGCUAUGAAGACAGUGACUGUACUUUGUUGUAGCGUCGAAGCAAAAGCUUUGGUCAGGAUAUUAGUCUUUCUAAUUUUAUUCUGUUACGACUAAUGUCCCCACAUUCUUUGGUAUAAUGUACGAUUAUUCUCA